AUGGCUUACUGCAGGGCUCAGGUAUCCAUUGCUCUCCUUCUCUCCCUUAACUUGGUGUUUUUCAGCAUGGUUAGCUCCACCAAUAUCCCAUUAAUACCUGCUGUUCCUGCCCUUAACUCUAAGGCCAAGUGCCCUUUGGACACACUUAAGCUGGGAGUGUGUGCAAACUUGUUAAAUGACUUGGUGCAUGUUGUCGUCGGGGCCCCACCCAAGACCCCUUGUUGCACUCUCAUUGGAGGUCUGGUUGAUCUUGAAGCUGCCGUCUGUCUUUGCACUGUCAUUAAAGCUAAUGUGUUAGGCAUCAAUCUUAAUGUUCCAAUUUCAUUGAGCUUGCUUCUUAACUAUUGCGGAAAAGGGGUUCCAUCUGGCUUCCAGUGUCCUUAA